AUGCUGGAGGAGCUGCUUACUGGAUACUCGGAUGCUGGGGGCCGAGUACUGAAGCUGGGAGCUGAUUGCCGAGAGUCGAUCGCCAGACAGUCGAUUGCCGAGCGUCGUUUGCCGAGAGUCGAAUGCCAGAGAGACGAUCGCCAGACAGCCGAUUGCCGAGAGUCGAGUCCUGGGAGUCGAACGCGAUCUACAGAGGCACCUGGCUCCUCAAUGCGAACCCCACUAUGGCAGACCAGACCAGACCAGCAGACAAGGCAUCCAACCGAAAGGACGCCACCAUAUUUCUAUGGCGAGAAACCAAAAAGGAUUUCUCCGUCCUCUGAUCUCGCAUGA